AUGGAAAGAAAAGCAGGGGCCGAUUUGGAAGGAUCAAUGGGGAUUUGUGUGGAAUUAUUAGCAAAACGUCGGUUGACCGUCGAAGUACCUAUGGAAGCGGUGCAUGGAGUCUUAGGAAAAAAGAAAGGUCUUCCCUGUGAUAUUUCGCCCCGUGAAAGAGAUGAUGCGGUUGCCAUGGUCCUUUGGUUCAAGGAAACCAUUGGGGAACCUUUAUACAGCUUUGACGUGCGAGGACGACAGUUCAAUCAGGCAAAGCUGUGGUCGUCGCCCAGCGUGUUCGACUCGAGGGCGUUUUUUCGAGCCACCACCACGCCCGCCACAUUAGUGAUAGACAAUAUCCGGUUAUCCGACGAGGGCAUAUACAGGUGCCGCGUCGAUUUCAAAGACUCUCCCACCCGGAACAGCCGUGUCAACUUCACUGUCAUCGGUCGGCCGCGACCGAAAGUGACAUGGUUCCUCGAGAACACCGUAAUAGAUGACUCGUACGAAAUUCGAUCCGACGGCAUUGCCGUCAAUCAUCUCACAUUCCCGAAGGUCGGAAGACAACAUCUACAUUCAAGACUGAUAUGCCAAGCCAGUAACAAUAACCUCGUGCCCCCUGAGACAAGAGUGGCUGUGUUAGAUAUUAACUUAAAACCUCAAAGCGUACAUAUUUUGACAAAAGAAAAACAAGUAUCAGCAGAAAAGAGAUACGAAGUGGAAUGCCGAACAUCGGGAUCCAGACCGGAUGCAGUGAUCACGUGGUGGAAAGGAAGCCGACCAGUAAAAAGACUGGCAAAAAAUUUUUCGGAGCAAAACAACCAGAGCCUGAGCAUUUUGAAUUUCGUUCCUGUAAUCGAUGACGAUGGGAAAUACUUGACCUGUCGAGCCGAGAACCCGUCCAUCUCCGAUAGCGCUCUCGAAGACAAGUGGCGAUUAAACGUCCAUUACAUGCCGGUAGUUACGCUAAAGAUGGGAUCAACCCUAAACCCGGGCGAUAUCAAAGAGGGUGACGACGUAUACUUCGAAUGUAAUAUCAGGGCCAACCCCAAGGCUUACAAACUUUCCUGGUUCCACAAUGGAGAGGAAAUUUUCCAAAACGUCACAGGAGGAAUUAUUAUGAGCGACCAAAGCUUGGUCCUGCAAAAUGUCGCCAGGGCCACAGCAGGAGAAUACACCUGCAUGGCUGCCAAUGUGGAAGGAAAAGGAAAUGUGCCAGUGUGCAUUCAGGAGCGCGAGGAGCUCUACGGCGCACUGAAGCAGGAGACCGUGACGCUGCGAUGUCAGGUCGACGCCAACCCCUCGGUGGUGACCUUCCACUGGACGUUCAACAACUCCGGGGACCAGACCGACGUUCCGGCCAACAGGUUCACUAACGAGGUCACCUCGUCCCGUCUGAACUACACGCCGGUGUCCGAUCUCGACUACGGCACGCUGCUCUGCUACGGCGUUAACGAGGUCGGACGCCAGAAGGAGCCCUGCGUCUUCCAGGUCGUCAUUGCCGGUAAGUUACGGCCCAAUCAAGUCCCAAGUCUUCCUUCAGCUAACAGAAUAUACGCCGAAGUGGACUGCAUGGAGGGAUUCGACGGCGGGCUGCCCCAAAGUUUCCUGAUGGAGGUGCUGGAGCUGCCGAGCCUGCGGCCGCGUCUCAACCUGACCAGCUACAAGAUGCCGCCCAGCUUCGCCGCGAACGGGCUGGACCCGGGCGCCAGCUACAGGAUAAUGCUGUACGCGGUUAACGCCAAAGGAAGAAGCGACCCGACUGUUAUAGAUCCUGUUACGUUCAAAGGAGUCGCUAAAUUGCAAGGAAUCCUGGCCACCGGGGUCUGCCUGGUGCUGGCCGCCCUUUGCCGGCGGCACUACUCGCGCCCCUGUCACCGAAACGACGGCGGCACCAAGCACGUUCCCAUGGAGGCGGUAAUCAAUGCGGACGAUCUCAUCGUGGACGGCUCGAUUACGGGCGUCCGCACGCCCGUCCUGCAGGAUCAAGUUUUUACCGCCGAGGCGGUCAGGAACGGAUCGUCCGUCGAGGCCACCGAUCCUGACAUAAUCAGGAAUCAAUACGAAAGGCGACCCACGCACGGAUUUAUGAAAGUAUACGAGCCGCCUGGGUCCAGAGAAGACGACGAAAUCGACGAAGAAAGUGAAGAGUACGAUUUUAGACGCGUUGCCAAAGAAUCCCACAUCCCCAAUCAAACGGUCUAUCGUAGCCUGCAGAGGCCAAGUCGAAACCCCGUAGUUCCCACAAUCCCCGGAACACAAACACUCAUGCACAAAUAUCGGGGCCCCGAGGUCGUAACGACCUCGAAUAGAAUACAAGAAAGUUGCAUAUAA